ACAGUCAGUGGUGGUGAGAGCAGUAGUGAGGAGCGUGCGCGUGCGGAGAGGAGAGAAGCGCGAGGAGGGGACGCAUUCACACACACACUCACUGUCUCUCUCACUCUUUCACUCAUUACCUAUUAUCCGACAGUGCGCGCGGCGGAGUGCUGGAGCUGGGGCUGGAGUUGGAGAGGCUGUGGGGCGCUGGAACCACCGGAGGAGCAAAAAGCGCAGAGCCUGGUGCCGCGAGCCAGUCUGCCGCGACUUCCCGGAAACUUCCCCUGGUUUGUAGAGGAAGCUCGGCACGGAUACAGGCACGGAUGCUGAUGCUGGUGCUGAUGAUGCUGAUGCUGGUUCGCUGAAGACGCACGGAGAAAACACUGCAACAGGACGCAGGAGGAAGAAGGAGGAAGAAGAAGAGGAGGAAGAGGAAAAGAAGGAAGAGGAAAAACAGCACUUUUACAUUUACCUGUACCUGAGGAGGAGGGAAGCUGCUUCUGCUACUCUUUCUACUGCUGGAAGUUGCGUCGCGCGCUGGCUGGCUUCUGCUGCUACUUCUGGAGGAGGAGAGGGGGGAUAAUCUGAGAACGAUGCCGGGGAACAGGGUGACCCACGACUGCGUGGCUCUGCUGAUCAGCGCGGUGGUUCUGGUGGCGGCGCAGAACGACACGGAGCCCAUCGUGCUGGAGGGGAAGUGCCUGGUGGUGUGCGACUCCAACCCCGCCACCGAGCGCAGGGGCUCCUCGUCCCCGCUCGGCAUCUCCGUGCGCGCCGCCAACUCCAAGGUCGCCUUCUCGGCCGUGCGGAGCAACAACCACGAGCCCUCGGAGAUGAGCAACAAGACCAGGAUCAUCUACUUCGACCAGGUUCUCGUCAACAUAGGGAACUAUUUCACUCUGGAUUCUGUGUUUCUGUCCCCUCGGAAAGGCAUCUACAGCUUCAACUUUCACGUCAUUAAAGUAUACCAGAGCCAGACCAUACAGGUGAACUUGAUGCUGAACGGGAAGCCGGUGAUCUCGGCCUUCGCGGGGGACAAAGACGUCACUCGCGAGGCCGCCACCAACGGAGUUCUCCUCUACCUGGACAAGGAGGACAAGGUGUACCUGAAACUGGAGAAGGGAAAUCUGGUGGGUGGGUGGCAGUACUCCACUUUCUCUGGCUUCCUCGUCUUUCCUCUGUGAAGAAGUGGCGGCGAGCGCCCGUCUGCCACCUCCGCCGCGGGCCAGCAACUUAUCGUCAUUUUGUAACCAAUCUGUCAGCAUUAACUGGAAGCACCUGAACGGAGGCGUUCUUCCAGACGCUCAUUAACUGUUGCCUAAAGGUGGAAAAGGGACCGAUGGGGACAUGCGGUGGCAACUAGAUGUCCUGAAAGUACGCGUUCCCCUUCUCACGAUGCGAAACCAUCAAUCUGGGGGAUUGCUGAGAGUCAUUGUUGCCUUCAUAUAAAUAUAUAUAUAUAUAUAUAUAUAUAUAUAUAUUUAGCGAAUACAGCAGAAACAUUUAUCUUCAACUUUUAGACCUUUAGAGAAUUUAUGUGAAUUUAUUUUACUUAUUUAUUUAUUUAUCUAUCUAUUUAUUUGCUUAUUUACUUAUUUAUUUAUUAUAUACAGGGGUUGGACAAUGAAACUAAAAAAACACCUGCUGUCAUUUUAGUGUGGGAUUUUAGGUUUCAUGGCUAAAUUAGACCAGCAUGGUGGCCAAUCUUUAAUUCUUUCAUUAAUUGCACAUUAUUGCACCAGUAAGAGCAGUAAGAGUGUGAAGGUUUAAUUAGCAGGGUAAGAGCACAGUUUUUCUCAAAAUAUUGCAACACACACAACAUUAUGUGUGAAAUACCAGAGUUCAAAAGAGGACAAAUUGUUGGUGCACGUCUUGCUGGAGCAUCUGUGACCAAGACUUUGAGCAAGUCUUUGUGAUGCAUCAAGAGCCACGGUAUCCAGGGUAAUGUCAGCAUACCACCAAGAAGGACCAACCACAUCCAACAGGAUUAACUGUGGAUGCAAGAGGAAGCUGUCUGAAAGGGAUGUUCGGGUGCUAAACCGGAUUGUAUCCAAAAAACAUAAAACCACGGCUGAUCAAAUCACGGCAGAAUUCAAUGUGCACAUCAACUCUCCACCAACUGUUUCCACCAGAACUGUCCAUUGGGACAAUAAAUUAUUGUGGUCUAAAACCAGGUGUUUCAGUUUCAUUGUCCAACCCCUGUAUAUAUAUAUUUUUUUCAAACCAUGCGUGGUUCACAGUCUGCCGGUUGCGACUGAUUUCAUCAGUCACUCGUCUGUUGGGGUCAGUCAGUCCGUAUCCUGUAUCGUUUUUAUGGUUGAUCAUGCAUUAAAUGUUUGAAUUAAAUGUUGCCAGCCAAGCACUCUAUAUGAUAUACUUCUUUGGAGUGUUCUAGAGGAGGAGCACAGUGUAUCUCCGUGUGUUGUUUCCGAAGCAAAUACACAGCAAUACGCUGCAGCACACAGGAGCCGAGUGAGUGAGUGGGCUGAUUCGAAUCCCGAUCAUGCAGCUUGCCGCCAGCUGCCGAAAGCCCCGAGAGAGAGAGCACAUAAUUGGCCUUGCUCUCUUUUUGGGUGGGUACAUGGUAACAGUAGAUGCCGCUCUUUCCCUUUAUCACUUAUAGGGUGAUGUGGAUCAGCAAAAGGAUGCAUCUGUGAGCUGAUGUAUUGGUGCGCUUUCCUCCAAUGCUGCAUCAUGUGUUGGAGAAGGCAUGUGCUAGUCUUCACCCUCCUUGUGUUGUGAUAUCCAUCACCUGUGAUGGGGGAUAUACAGCUGAGUAGCUUUUGAAUGGGUGGGACAAUUGCAUAGCCUAGCUAAAUUGGGAGAAACAAAUAAAUCUAAGCCAAAACUUUUAGUAGCAGUAUAUUAUUGGUAACCAUGGCAAGAGGAGGUUAUACUACAGAUAUAAUAUAGUUGAAAUAUUACAUAUAUACUACUGUACUAUACACCUACCAGCAGCAUUUGUAUUCUGUAUUAGCAUCUAAAAGGUUAGCUAACAGCAGGUCUGCUGUUUGGAAAGAAAGUUUGGGUGGAGGAUCAUGCCUCUAACCCUGCCUCUUGCCCUGCCUCUUAUUGAAGACUUGAUAUAUGGUACAUAAGCUACAGGUAGAUGGUAUUUACAAGGUUAUAUAUGUACCCUACAUCAAUGUAGGGACGUCUUCGCACCCCUACAUUACCCCAUCUCCUCCUUAUAAUUCUCGUCUUUCCUUCCCAAAAAAAUAGCAUUGGUCAAAUCGCUAGCUCCUAGUUUCCACUCCUUAUUAGCAGCAGUGACAAAGCAUAAAACACAGUGGAUCAACACCAGCAGAUGUUGCACAUGUCUCUCCAUAAAACCAUCACUGAUCAUCAGUAUAUUUUACUAAAUUGUAUUUGUAAAUCAAGGGAGCAGAGGCUGGAGGAAGAGUGGAGAGACACACAGUUGUCCAAACUGCUCAAGGUCUAGUGUGAACUUCUUGUGUAUUGCUAUCUUGGCAAUAGAAAACAUAGAUGCACCACUGAUUAAUAAAUGAGCUGCUUGCGCACCCUUACAGUGUGUACUGUGGAAAAAAAAGAGACCACUCAAAAAUUAUGGGUUUUUUGAUUUUAACAAAUUAAAACCUCUGGACUGAACUGCUUAAAUUUUGGAACCAGGAGUAAAGCAGCAUAAAGUUUUCCAAAAGCAAUAAAGUACCUUUACUUUGCUAAAAUUCUACUCAAGUAAAAGUAAAAGUACCCAUCUAAAAAUCUACUCGAGUAAAAGUAAAAAAAGUACUCAAUUUAAAAUGUACUUUGAGUAAAAGUUAGAUAGUUACUUUUAAUUAUUUGAUGUAAAAAAGUAAAAACAAAUAAUAAAUUACAUUUUUUAUUAUUCCACAUAAUAAUUUGGACCUUUCAGGCAGUAUUUGUUCAGACCACACCAUAAAACAAGUAUAAAACUGUACAGGUUUCUAUCAUCCAUUUUUUUUUCUUUACUAUUAAAAAGUUAUGGUCAUAUAUGUGACUAUAAACUGUAAUUUUAUAGUUUUACAGUUUUACCCAUUGCUCUGCUUUAACUGCUAUUUACAUGUUUUGAAAGCUGACAGCUCUGUCCGGCGGGGCACAUUAUUUUGUAUUUUUUUGCCCCCAUCAUUUUAUUUUUUACUCAGUAAUUGGGAGUUUUCCAAUGUAGCAAAGUAAAUUACUUGUGUCAAAAUGUAUUUGAGUAAAAGUAAAAUUACCUAUUUUAAAAAACUACUUUAAAAACGACAAAUCUACUCAAUUACAGUAACUUAAGUAAAUGUAAUUCAUUACUUUCCAGCUCUGUGUUUAGGUCUAGAUAAUAUUGAAUGCCUGCUCCUCUUGAAUGGAGAGACGGUAAUGUAUCUGCCAGGCAUCAUAAAGAUCUGCGGGGAGAUGUUUAGCAGUUCUGACUGAGAAUGAGGAGCUGAAUGAAGUGCUUUGCUUCAUUUACUAUGAUAUUGAUUUGUGGUCAGAGCUGAUGGAUCAUAGAAAGGAAUGAUAUCGAAGUUUUACCGUCCGUUUGGCAAAGCGUCAGGCUGUCUGUUGGAAAGCUGACAAAUGGUCCUGAAUGUUAUAUGAGCUGAAGACAGACUGAAGAACGACUAAUAAUAGUUCUCAGCCUGGAAAGCUCAAGUUCUGACCGGUGGGAGCGUGCACUGAAAAAAAUGAUGCGUAAAAAGAACUUUAAACAUUUUUCAACUUUCUGCAUUUGCUUUUUUUUAAGUAAAUUUAAUUUCAGAU